UAUAUACACGAUUAUUGACCCACAAUAUUACAAUCAACUUUACAAUCAAGUUUUUUCGUUUAUGCGGAGUGGAAGCAUCCUACCACCCUCCUUCACCGUACUCCAUACUUUAUCACAAUCGAUAAGCGCUUUAUGAUUAAAGUUCGAUCACCUCCUGUGAACUCCUACUCUCAAGUUAGCUCGGCUUCUUCGGAGGGAUAGAUAAUGUUAGUCAACACAGACGGGACUUGUAUUUUAUUGAAUAACUAAUAAGUCUAUGCAUGACAAAAGGUUUUGUCCUUCUUUAUGCCCUACUUUUGAAUCAUCACUUUCACAUCCAUUCCCAAUCUAUUUCCAGACUCAUCAACAAAGGACUUGAACCAUCCUCUACUUUACACCUGAUUCCCGCGCAUUUCUAAUCGCCAAACAGAUUCGCUGGUCGUUUUUGAAACCUCAAUGCUUUAGCUCAUUUCUUCCAAUUCUUCAUUUCCUUAAGUUUAAGAUACCCUUCUUUGUUCAAUGCCGUCUACGAAGCGUAACAAGAUGAUUUCCUUACGACGAUUUUUACUGUCCAUCGGCCUGGUCUGGGCGACCUGGUUCGGAGCUACCUCAUUACAUCAAUACCUCGAUCCGAAUACACAUAUAUCAGAGGAAAUGAGAGAGGAUGCCCGCUGGAUUGCAACAUCAAAGCACUUUUUGGAUAGGCAAUCAUGUAAAUGGCUUGGCCUUUGUGGGCUUGCUCACUACCAUUCCGACCCUGCCUGGAAACGAAGAUUGGAUAAGGAUACGAGGGAUCAGAAAGCCAUGGCAGAUGAUGAAUUCGAUGCGAGCUGGGUAGAAUGGGACAAUGCCUACAAGAAUGCGCCAAAAAUGCGUCCGGAUGAUUGGUAUGGCGAUGAUAGAGUGUUGAGAGAAGUUCCACAAUACGUCCUCGACCACGCGCCUCUGGUACAUUUAUAUUCAGGUGAAAAGUUCUGGCCUGCGGACAUCAAGGACCAUUUGCAACAUGUUACUCCUUACGAAAACCAUACUUCAUUGCAUAUGAAUAGCUCGCAAUAUACAUUACACAAUUUACAUUUGUUAAACGAAGGACGCAGGGGCCGAGUCUUAUUUAUGCAAAGCAAAGACGAUGUUGAAGAUAGACCAAGGUGGCUUGGAAGUGCUUAUAAUAAACCUAUACCAUAUGAAGAUGAAAUCAAACAUCAAGAGGAUUGGGAAAUUGUGGAAGAGGAAGAAGAGAAGGAGUUUAUUGAAACCAAAGAAGAUGGUCAGGAAGCCUGGGAUGAUGCGAGUGAUGAAAAUAGAAUGAAGAUUGCUACACCACUAGAACCAUCCUUCAGCGCACAACCUCGAAUCACAGGACAAGGUCGACGUGAGUUGAAGAAACGUGGGGAUUCUUCGGGUAAACCAAAUCAAUCAGGAUAUUCCCCAGCUCCAGCGACAUUAAUCAUUGUGGAUAAAGGACAUGGUAUUGUUGAUGCAUUUUGGUUUUACUUUUAUUCCUACAAUCUUGGUACGACUGUCAUGAAGAUGCGAUUCGGAAACCAUGUUGGUGAUUGGGAACAUUCGCUUAUUCGUUUUCACAAUGGUGUACCAAAAGCUGUCUUUUUUUCGGCGCAUUUCGGUGGGUUAGGAUAUCAUUACAAAGCAGUGGAGAAAGGACAAGGUCCAGGAAGAGAAGGGAGACCGGUAAUCUACAGCGCAGUUGGAUCUCACGCUAUGUAUGCGACACCGGGAACUCACCCAUAUGUUCUACCAUUCAAACUCCUGGCGGAUGUCACCGAUAAAGGACCAAUUUGGGACCCCGUUCUCAAUUACAGAGCUUAUUUCUAUAACACAUCUCUCACUCACAAUGUCGAUGCACGAUUUGCAACUUCAAACUUCCCUGUUCAAACCAUGGCUGAUUCUUUUCAACCCGCGGCGCAAAAUCCCGAUGCACCCACUGGAUGGUUUUGGUUCAAUGGACAUUGGGGUGAUAAAUUUUAUGAAUUAUCUGAUUGGAGACAGUGGAGAUUUGUGGGUCAAUAUCAUUAUGUUAAUGGACCUUUAGGACCGAAGUUUAAGAAUUUGGGUAGAAGUAGAGUUUGUCAGUCAGGGUUGAAGUGUAUAUUGGUGGAUAGUUUGGAGAAGGGAAAACAUAGGAGUUGGGUUGGGUAGAUAUGAGAUGGGAUGGAAUGAGAGAGAUGAAAGAAGAUGAGACGAGAUAAAGUAGAUUUGGAGUUCAUUAUUCUUUGUCGCUUGCGAAAUUGAGCAAGAUCUGCAGACUUAGAUUGGUUGGGUAUAGAGGAUAAAUCGUUUGAAUAGUUUU